AUGGCUAAUUACUCUUAUCAAUCGUCAUCGUACUCGUCAGGCGGUGGUGCUGGUGCAGCUGAUGCUUUUCAACAAGCUGACACUAACCAAGAUGGUAGCCUCGAUUUGGGGGAAUUCCGUAACUUUAUCGGACAAAAUCUUGCUGGUAGUGCUGCUGGCUAUGGUGCUAGUGGUUCUAGCUUUGAAUCCUCAUCAUUUGAAUCAUCCUCAAGUGGUGGCCUAGGAGGUGGUGCUCUCGCUGUUGGCUAUGAUGCAUCACUCGGCGCUGGUGGCUUAGCUGCUGGUUCAAGUAGUUAUGAAUCAUCGUCGUUCUCAAGCAGUGGCUACGGUGCUGAAAGCGGUCUUGCUGCUGGUGCAGCGCUUGGUGCUAGUUCACAAUCCUUCGAAUCGUCAUCAUCAAGCACUCAAGUUCAACAAUAUGCUACUGAUGCUCAAGGACUCUUCCAAGAUCCCAAUCCUCAAAUUAUUCGUCGCCCAGCUGCAGGUGGCGUACAAACAUAUACACAACAUAUCAGAGUUCGCUUCCUUCAACCACCACCUAUUCCACCACCAGGCCCACUCAUCAUCAAAGAAGUGCGACCACCUCAACCACCCCCGCCACCACCUCUCCGCAUUCGUCAACAAGCUCCAGCUCUUCCUCAACCACCCCCACUCAUUCUUCGUGAAAGACCACCACAGCCUCCAGCUUCGGUUGCUGCCCAAACCGUUGUUCGCCGUUUAGCUGCCUUACCCGUACCACCACGAUCAGUCAUUAUUGAACGUCUUCCGCCUCUGCCACCACGACCACGUGAUAUCAUCAUUGAACGCUGGGUGCCAUACGGAGCUCAAGCCAAACGAAAAACAAUUGUUCAACGUGCUGCUGCUGCACAACAAUAUGCACGUCCACGCAAUGUCAUUAUUCAAUAUGAAGCAGCUCAAGUUCGUAUUAUUCGUCAGUUCCAACGUCUUGGUGUCACUCUAGCUAAUCCACAAGCCUAUGUUCAACAAUAUGGUGCACAACUUCUUGAUGCUGCCACACUCCUUCAACAAGCUCGCGCUGCUGGUGUCGUUGAAGAUAUCUCUCCACCAGCUGGUGCAGCUGCCGUUGGUUUCAGUGCCAGUGCUUACGGAGCGUCAGCAGGAUUUGAAGGUGCCGCUGCUGCUGUUGGUGGAGGUAGUGAACUCAGCUCAUCAUCAUUCGAACAGUCAAGCUAUUCAUCUGGUGGCGGUGCUGGCUUAGAAGCUGGCUUCGUUGCUGGUGGUUUAGCUGCUGGUUAUGGUGGUGCAUCAUCAUCAUCCUUUGAAUCAUCAGGCUUCUCAUCAGGUGGUAGCUUCAGCGCUGAUGCUGCCUUCAACGCUGCUGAUACCAACCAAGAUGGUGUUCUUGAUCGUGGUGAAUUCAAUAACUUCGUUGGUGCCGGUGGUGCUGGCGGUUCAUCAUCAUUCCAAUCAUCAUCGUACAGUGCUGAAAGCAGUAGCUACUAA